GUUGCGGACAUUCCGAUCGAUCAUCCUUCAUGUUCAAGUCAACAUGCCGUCUUGCAAUUUCGACAAGUAGCUAUUACUGAUACUGAAACAGGUGAACAAAAAACCGAUAUUAAACCUUACAUAAUCGACCUUGAAUCGACCAACUCGACUUUUGUCAAUAAGAAGCCCAUUCCCACCUCACGAUACGUGGAAUUACGUGCAUAUGACGAAAUCAAUUUUGGGUUCAGCACACGUGAUUACGUUUUACUUCAUGAAGAAUUAGCUGACUAA